AUGGAAUGCCCUGAACUUGUUACUAGCCAUAAAUUCACUGAUAAUGACUACGACAAUGAAAACUUAGCACCUAUAGAGCAUCGAUUGCAACAGAAAAGAGGACCCACCACUCCAUCAACUCCAUCUGUACAACAAAAGAAUAUAACUAGAAGGAAAUUUGAAAUUACGAAAGACACAUCUCCUAGAGGUCUACUGUAUUCAAACGUUGAACUCUUGCAUUGUAAAUAUGAAAGUUGGGCACUUCAACUGGAAUUGAAGAAAAGUAAUGAACUUGUAAAGUUUUUGGAACUUGAAAGGAAAUUUAAUAGCUAA